UAAUAUUCUUCAGAUACUCUGAUGUCGUCCAUCAUCACCAGCAUUGAAGUCAACCAUACUGUGGCUUUCAUUGGAACAUCGACUGGAGAUCUACUGAAGGUUCACAUUGAAAAUAGUACUGCUGCCAGAUUGUAUGAGAGAGUUUCUCUAGACACCAGUCCAGUACUGACGGACAUCAAGAUCAAUGACACAAGUGGUAUGAUGCAUGUACUCACUGAACAAAAGUUGGUCAAGAUGCGUGCUGAGAAUUGUGGUCAGUACACAACCUGUGAGACGUGUAUUGGGACUGAUGCAGGGAAUGAUGGAGACCCAUACUGUGGAUGGUGCACUCUGGAAAGGAGAUGCACAAGAUAUUCAAACUGUUCAUCACCAGAUGUAUCGAGUCGUUGGUUGGCCUACAAUGCUGCUCAUUGCAUCGAUAUUACCGAUGUAGCUCCUUAUGACAACCUGCCAAUGACUGUCACAGAGCAACAGAUAACCCUGACUGUACAGCAGUUACCCGACCUAGGAACUGGCCAGAGUUAUGAGUGUCACUUUGGCUCGUUUGAAUCUCCAGCUACAAAGAAUGGUGAAAUGCUUGAGUGUACGUCACCUCCUAGUGAUGGCAUACCAGCCAUACCACAAGGAGAUGAUGCAGUCCGUGUCGAUUUGGCUGUUGAGUCUUCUGAAACUUCAGUUCAGUUUGUUGACACCGACUUUUACUUCUACGAGUGUUCAACUCAUACCUCUUGUGUAUCCUGCGUUGGCAGUCGCUGGGCCUGUGAUUGGUGCGUGUUUGACAACAGAUGUACUCAUGAAAGCUCCACAUGCACACGAACCAAUGAAAUCAUCAUAAUUGGAGAUAAUAAUCCAUUUGCUUCUGCUACGAAAGGACCUGAGUUUUGCCCUCAGCUGCUGAACCAGACUGCUGAAGUUCUGCUUCCUAAUAACAUUAUGAGGAACAUCACUGUCAUAACUACAAACCUGCCAGACGAAGCUGAGAUUUCUAACUUUCAGUGCAGCUUGGAUGUAGAGGGAUCACCGCAGGCUGUAAAUGCAGAACGUAAUGGAGAUAGAAUCACAUGCCAACAGAAGGCUUACACGUAUCUUUCGAAUGAUGAGCCCGAACUUGAAGUGAGACUGAGUGUUUCGUGGACGGAUACGAGUGGUGUUGCGCACAUCCUGGACGACAUACAUGGAUUUGAUGCCACACUUUACAAGUGUGAAGUCCAGAAGCCAGACUGCAGUCGAUGCAUUACAGCCCGCCCUGCUCUUGGGUGCGUCUGGUGUGGUGCCAUGCCGACUAGUGUAUGCAAACUGAGCGAAAGUUGCCGUGAAAAUGUUAUGAUUUUAAUCAACGGACUGAACUGCCCUGAUCCAGUUCUUAGCAAGGUGUUUCCCUUGACCGGACCGAUUGAAGGCAACACAGUCAUAGAUGUGAUGGGAACUGACAUUGGUCUGCGAUUUGAGGAUGUCGUGUCAGUGAUGGUUGGCAAUCAAUCUUGCGAUCUGGCUGGAUUGAACUCAGACUAUCAAAUUGGAUUAAGUGUCAGCUGCAAAACAGGAGCAGGGAGUGUAGGAGCUGAGUUGAUAACAUUGACAGUCAUGGGUGCUGAUGGUACUACACUGCAGCACAGCUCAGGAACAGUCAACUUUAACUUCACAGAUCCAGCAAUUACAGAUUUCCAACCCCGCCUUGGCCCAGAAGCUGGUGGAACUGCAGUGAGUGUGAAUGGUACAGCCCUCAACACAGGACGGGAUAUCGAAGCAUUCAUUGGUGACCGCCGUUGCGAGAUAAUAGGCCAACCAGUUGAAUCUAGGUUAGAAUGCACGACCACUGCUGCCCAAGUUGAAUAUCAUGGUCUUGUGAAAGUCUCCUUUGAUGGGGCCAUGAGAACCUCAUCAGAUAUGUACACCUACACUGAAAAUCCUACCAUCACCGAGGUGUCUCCUCUGAAAAGCAUCCUUUCUGGCGGACGUGUGCUGACGGUUGUAGGCACUAAUCUACACACCAGCGUGACACGUCAAAUUGUUGUCACCGACGGACAGGAUAAUCGUAAAAUUGAGGAAUGUCAAGGUGAAUCCGAAACAACCAUGCGGUGCCCAUCUCCUAACAUAACAGGCUUCAACUCGGCAACGCUCAUGAGCAAGGAAAACCUGACGUUUGGCUUCAUCAUGGACGGGUUCACCCAACUACUGACAUGGUCGCAGGACAAUGAUGCCAACUUGGAGUAUUUCCAAGAUCCAGAAUAUUAUGAAUUUGAAGAUGUUGAAGAGAAAGAUGGAGAAUCACUGGCAAUCAUGGGAGAGCGGAUUGAUAGCGCAAUCACAGCUGAUGAACUCAAAGUAUGGAUUGGAACCGAGAGGUGUCCUGUCAUCGUGUUAGCUGAAAUACUCGUGCGGUGUACAUUGCCUGAGGACCAACCCAAAGCAGGUAACUUCUUGGGAGGAGACGUAGUUGGAAAUCUACCUGAGGUGUGGGUGGAACAUAGUAAUCUGCAGGUGCGAAUUGGUGAAAUUCGGUAUCCCGCUUCUAACCCGGUUCCCAUUGUUGUAGCGUCAAUCAGUGGAGCGGUCCUGGUGUGCAUUCUCUUUGUUGUGAUAUGUUUCGGAGCUCAGGUGUAUGGAGCUAAACGAGAGGCCAAGCUGAUCGUGGAAGACAUGAGAGCUUUAGAAGCAGAUCUGGCUGAUGAGGUCAAGGCAGCCUUUGCUGAGCUUCAGACCGACAUGACCGAUCUGACCAGCGACUUGGAAGGGAUCGGCAUGCCCUUUGUCAGUCAUCGCGACUAUGCCACCAACAUGCUGUUCAUUGGCCAGGAGAUGAAACCAAGUACUACGGAUGAAGAGUACCCCAAUGAGGAAGUGGAGAGGGCCAUGAUCAAGUUCUCUCAGCUGCUAAGCAACAAGAACUUCCUCCUGCUCUUCAUCCAGACACUGGAUGCAGAAAGCAGCUCCAAGUUGUCCAUCCGAGAAAAGCAGUCCAUUGCAUCUCUGCUGACUGUCAUCAUGAUUCUUGAGAAUAAACUGGUCUACAUGACUGACAUCAUGAUAACACUGAUGACCCAGUUGAUUGAGAACGCUGCAGAUUCCAACCGCACCCGCCAGCUGUUCUGCCGAACAGAGAGUAUUCUGGAGAAGCUGUUGUCAAACUGGGUUGCUCUUUGUCUAUAUGAUCAGCUAAAGAAUCACACAGCCUAUCCCCUGUUUGUGCUGUACCGAGCCAUCAAGUAUCGCAGUGAGCAUGGUCCCAUCGAUCUUAUCACCGGCCGCUCUCGUUUCUCCUUGAACUACGACAAACUUCUUCAAGAGGAUGUGAAAUACAGCCCAAUCACUCUUGUUGUUCUCAUCGAUGAGAAGAUGCAUGUCACCAAAGAAGUCAAGGUGCUAGACGUGGACACCAUCUCCCAAGUCAAGGAGAAGAUCUUAGAUGUGGUCUAUGGCAACCAGCCUUACUCCAGUAGGCCUAGCGCCAACGAAGUCAGCCUUGAGUGGCGCCAAGGAAAGAGUGGUAAACUUAUUCUUACCGAUGAGGACACGAGACCAUUGACGGACAAAUGGCGCCGAGUCAACACGCUCCAAGUCUUCUGUGUUAGAGACAAUGAUUUGGUUGCCCUGGUGGAGAAACAAGAUGUGCCAAAUGCCCGAUUCUCAGACUCAAUCCUCACAGCACAGGGAGCGUCCUACAUGAAUGUAGCCUUUGAUGAUGAGAAGAGCAAGCACAGAAAGAGCACCAAGAAGGGCUACACGGCCGCUGAGGUGGAGGCUCAAGAAGGAAUCAUGGACUGGCAUCUUUCGCAGGAGGAGGAGGAGUGGUCUACGGAAGAGGAAGGACAGAGGCGGAGAAAACGAGGAGGUUGCAUCUCACUGGAUGCUGUCACCUUCAGGAAUAAGGUUUCUCGUCACAGGAUCAAAGAGAUCUCGUUCCCUAGACUUCUCUCCACGAAGGGCAUCGUGCAGGAUUAUGUGGACAGCAUGUUCCAGGCGAUACUGUCAGCGAAGAGCGCCCCCAAGGCCAUCAAGUACCUGUUUGAUUUCUUUGACAGUCAAGCCUACCGACAUGACUUGUCCACCGCGGAUCCUGACCUGGUCCACAUCUGGAAGAGCAACAUUCUGCCACUGCGUUUCUGGGCAAACGCCAUCAAGCACCCAGACUACAUCUUUGACAUCCGCCCAUCUCGCACUGUGGAGGCCAGCCUGGAUGUCAUCGCACAGUUGUUCCAUGAUGCGCACGAUACCAAGACCCACAAACUUGGCCGGGAAACCUCCAUCAACAAGUUAUUGUAUGGCAAAGAGAAGACAGCGUACCGCAAUAAGGUCGUCUCCUUCUUCGAAGAAGUUGAGCAGUUGCCUCCGGUUCCCACCCAAGAACUGAACAAGGAGCUGUACAAAGCAUGCGAGAACUUCUCUGGCUUGUUCAGUAAGCUGAGUACUCUGGAUCAACUCUGGAAAAUUGUGCGACGGUUCAAGCAGAAGCUUCUGGAUGAAAUCGAGGACAACGAGCGAUGCAAGGAUGAGAAUCUGGAUGGAUUGUUGGAGGAGAUUGACAACAUUCUGUCUGAAGAGUCUGAUGUUGCUGAAGAAUGUGUCUAAGAUGCUGACAGUUUGGCGACGGACUAAUCAUGAAUGUCAGAAAACAAGCUCAGUCCAAAUGUUGUGGUUUACAAAUAAGUACACUUGAAUAAAGAAGAAUUAAGAAUUUAUGCAAAUUUGAAAUCGAUGGUUUUAAAUUUUUUUGGGGUGGGAGGGGGAAUGUGGCUGCAUUAUUUUGAGCAAAUAUUGUACAGUAUUAAGGGUUUUUUUCCCGACUAACUGCAUGGGAACCGACACAGUUUAAUGCAAAUAAAGAAGUGUUGCAUAGGAACUCUGAAAUCAUUUAUCACACAGAAAAUGUAGAUUUGUUUGGUAUGUUUACAUUGCCUAUGAAACAAGUACAACCAGCGUUUUACAAGCAUUUAUUUGCAAGCAUUCAUUUAUGUGUUGCUUGUUCACGUCAUCAUCUUAUCAGAGGUCCCAAUUUUGUGGUGCUUAUUAGCCAAAAAUGGUUAAACCCAUAACUUCAAUCGUCAGAAAACCAGUAUCAUACAGAACACAUGGCUUUUAGCUGGCAAAUGUUUUUUACUUAGCAACUUUUUAUGUUCAAGAAAUGUUUGUGCCAAUUAUGUACCUGCAGUAAUUUUAUGCUGAAAGAAAUUGAUUGUCUUGAUGAGAUGAUUUUAUUUUACGCAGACAUAUGUAUGGUCAUAUGAAGUUAUGUUAUUUCACGUAAAAUUGUCACAAGUACUUGUUUAAUGCUUUCAGCUGACAAAUGGUUUUUAUUUAGCAACUUUUUUUUAUGUUCAAGAAAUGUUUGUGCCAAUGAUCUGGCAACAGUAAUUAUAUGCUUUAAGAAAUUGAUUGAUUUGAUAAGAUGAUUUUAUUUUACACAGAUAUGUUUAAAUAAAGUUAUGUUAUUUUUCGUAAAAUGACUACAAGUACUUGUUUAAUGCUGGUAUAUUAUGGAUGCUUGCCUUGGUGCUUAAAAUGUAUAUAUUUGCAAAAUUGUAAAGCCAUUAGAUUUUAUUGUGUUAAGACAGAUUUCUUUUUAUAUUCUGUUUCAACUAUUUUUGAUAAACUGAAAUUUGAAAUGAUCACAGAGCACAUCGAAAUUUAACCUUGAAUUAUUUUCCAGCUUAUUAACAAAAUGUAUAAAAGGCUGUUUUAUAAUAUGUAUCUACUAAAGGUAUCGUACAUUUCAUUUUUAAAUUUUUUUAAUUCUAUCAAGAUUACAAAUUAAAUCCAUGGAACUUUGUACAAAAUCUUUUGAAAACGUACGUGCGAAAUGUUUAUGCCAUAAAUGCGAAAUGUUUAUACGCAAUUAUUGCUUAUAAACUAUUUUUGCAUCAAGAUAUUGUACGGCGUGUAUCUGUACUCCGAGUAUAUUUUUAAACAGAUAUAGUUUUAUCGCAUGCAUCUAUUAUAUUGCUAUUGUGAAUGGAGUCACGUAAAUUUAUAUUUGGAAUCUGGAAACAGGAUUUAAAUGUAUAUAUUUGAAAUAGAAAGAUGUGUGUCGGAUAUAAUCCAAAUUUGGUGACGGAAUUAUGACCUUAAACUUUAAGCACCUAAAUUUUAUACGAUUCCUUUUUUUCUACCUACAUAUGCUUUAUUUUUGUAAUACACAGAAUACAUGGUUUUGUAUGUUCAGAAUUUGAAUAGUACUUUAAUGAAAAUCCAGCUUCGGCCAUUUGCCAAUUAUAUAACAAUGUGUAAGUUGUUUACACAGAUACAAUUAAUGAUUGAUGAUAUUACAUUUAAUGUAAGUGCUUUACUUCUUAUGGUAAUUUACACAUUUGUCUUGUUUAGAGUAGAUAACUUAAUACUCUACAGAGAAUGCAAUUUUCUUUAUGCGCAGAAAGAAUACCAGAUGCUAUUUAAGCACAAAAAGAAAAUACCAUCUGCUUCAGUAUUAGGAGUACAAGGAUUACACACAUGCACGCAAGCACUCUCAAAUUUGUAUCCUUGUGGAGACAAUGUGGGUAAAAUAACACGCAAAGGAUGCUUAAAAUGUUUGGUUUGCCCUCGGUCGUUCGGUGGUUUAUGACAUCACAGGGUUCAUGGUCUGUAGUACUGCAGUUGUUAUCGUAACCUUUGGUUGUUGACUGUUACAGGUAACGGGAUAUGUACGCGAUGGAUAUUUUCAGUUACAAUGCGCCGACUCAAAUUGGAAAUGCAAUAAAUGAAUUGGAGUACAUAUGUCGAAACAUGA